CUCAAUGCGGCGUCUAUGUAUAUAUGUCUAUGGGUAAAAGUAUGCACAAAACACUGGCCCAUGUUUCCUCGCAUCUCUUUUGUCUCCGAUUAUGUUAGAGGCUCUUAGUUUGAAAAGUCUCAACAGGAAAUACCUUCUUCUUCCGGUGGCAGAACAUAGGUCAUUGGGACAUUCGACAUUUUGUUAGCCUCUUAGCAAAAUAAACCAUCCUACAAUUUAGGAUUUUCCUGACGCGUGCUGCUGAAGUCUGGCAGUUAUUAUUAGGAGCCAUGUGGUAUGAAAUCCUGCCCGGCCUCGGCAUUAUGACCGCGUGUCUGAUCAUUCCCGGCAUCGCCACCGCACAAAUCCAGAAGUUCACCAACGGAGGGAAGGAGAAGAGAGUCGCCCGUGUCCCGUGGCAGUGGUAUCUCAUGGAGAGGGACAGGAGAGUGGCCCAAACCGGCCGUUACUAUGACUCCAAGGGACUUGAGAACAUCAACUGAUAAGGAGCACAGAUGACCCCACAAGCAGGAAGUUCAUCGCUGUACAUUAAAAAAUAUAUAAUAUUUAACAUGCAUUUGUUUGUUUUUGUCUUAGAAAAGCAAGAAAGGCAGUUGUUUCUGAAUCCCAUUAAAAUGUUCCACACAGGAAGUCUUUAUGAAGAUUCUCAUGUGGAUUUCUUAAAUCUUUUCAUGUUGUUGGGUGAAUCGAAGGGAACUAAAAUCACAUCCUAUUAAACCACAAGCUGAGCGUUUACUAUCCUCCAGUCUGCUCAUUAGAUGAAAAUGUUGCUCAUUAUAAUAGAAUCGUCCCUUCUUCCUGAAAUUAAUUCGUUUUUAUAUUUGAAAUACAAGAAGUUUGUGGACAUUUUUCAGAAUAUUUUGGUGAGAUUUGUUGGGGGGAAAAAUAUUUUUGCCACCACUCAAACCAUUCGGAAGUUUUGACCUUCCUAACAUCUGCUAAUGCUAUUUUUCUGAUUCUUCCUGAAAAGUUACUGGGAUUUUCAGGUUUUUUGAUAAUCUUUCUUAAACUAUUUCAAGAUUCACAUUAACACUGAAGAAUAAACAGAAAAAAUUACAAGC